GCCGUCGUCCGCAAGCCCCCGUACUGCCAAGGCACCAUCCACCUACCUGUCGACGACUACACGCUGUUCUAUGGCAAAGACGCCAUGGCACGUCGUCUCGACUUUUCGAACGCGUCGCCCGAGGAGCUGCAGCAUCUUGCAGAGACGUGCGAUCCUGCGACGUUCGGCCUCGGCGGCGAAGAUGUGUACGACGAGACCUACCGCAAGGCGGGAAAGCUCGACGCCUCAGACUUCAUGCUGAGGUUCACCCCCGAAACCGUGGGCCUCCUUGACGUAAUUCGUGCCGAGCUGCUCGUUGAGGGCCGCAGCUCGGCAAAGUCCAUCCGAGCAGAGCUGUAUAAGCUGAACGUGUACGGACCUGAAGCAUUCUUCAAACCGCACGUGGACACCCCGCGUAGUGAGCUCAUGUUUGGCUCGCUCGUCGUCGUCUUCCCGACGGCGCACGAGGGUGGCGCUCUCAAGUUGCGCGAGCGCGACGCAAGAAAUGUCCAGGAGUGGACGUUCGACUCCGCUGCGCUGCUCGCGCAGGCUGUGCAACCGUCGAUUGCCUACGUUGCAUUCUACAGCGACGUAGAGCACGAGGUCAUGCCUGUCCAGUCCGGGCAUCGUGUGACCGUCACCUACAACCUCUACUACGCUGAGGACACAACCCCUCUGCCUGCGGCGCAACCCGUGCCCACGAACGAGCACACCUUCAGAUCGAAGGUGCAGGCACUGUUGGACGACCCGACGUUUUUGCCUGAGGGCGGCAAUCUCAUGUUUCUUCUUCGCCACCAAUACCCCAUGGCGACCACCCCGAAGGGCCGCACGGAGGCGCGCAAAGCCCUGAAGGAUGUUGCCGCGCACCUGAAGGUGACCGACGCGCUCGUCCUGAAGGUCAUGGGCGAUCUAUCGUUGGACGCCUCGCUCAAGAUUGUCUACCAGGACACCACCGCUUACAAG